AUGGCCCAGUGGUGUCCGGAUGCCGUCCUACCCUGUGAGCUCAGGAGGGUGAAUCAGCUGGGUGGACUCUUUGUGAGCGGCUGCCCUCUGCCCGAUGCCAAGAGGAGGAAGAUUGUGGAACUGGCCCUGUGUGGGUUGCGGGCUGCUGACAUCUCACACCAGCUGAAGGUCUCCAAUGGGUGUGUCAGCAAGAUUCUCACCCGCUACUACAAGGUGGGCGUUGUCCAACCAAAGACAGGGGGGGGCAGCCGGCCCCAGAUCACCACUCCUCAGCUGGUAGCUGGGAUUGUCCAGCUGAAGCAAGAACAGCCUUCUCUUUUUGCCCGGGAGAUCAGGGAAAAGCUGGAGGCAGCAGGCACCUGCGCUGCAAGCAGGAUACCCAGUGUCUCUUCCAUCAAUCGCAUCUUGAGACGCCUGGAAGCCCCAGGUGGGUCCCCCUUCCUGAGGAAGCUCCCACAGCCAGGUUCGCCCUUGGCAGGGGAAGGGGAGAGGAAAGAUCCGGCAGAGGCUCCCACCUCCCCAUCUUCCUCCCGGUCAGCGGGGGCAGCUGGGCUGCCCAAAACUCGGAGCAGAACUGUCUUCUCUAAGGAGCAGCUGGAGGCCCUGGAGACUGCUUUCCGGAGAAGCCAAUACCCGGAAGCAGCCACCUGGGCAGAACUGGCUGGGCAGUCUGGACUGCCUGAAGCCACCCUUAAGCCCUCAGUGGGACAGUGUGGCGGCUGCUCCUCCUCCUCCUCUUCCCAGAGGCUGCGUGUGAAUGGCAGCUGCCCACCAGGGUGCAGCCUCCCAUGGCCAAGUAGGUGGCACGAGCCACGCUUGCUGCUGCUGCUGCUUCCCCUGCUGGGGAUUGCUGACCCUGACACCCUCCAACCUAUGGCCCUGGGCAAAGCCUCUGACACCCGGGUCAUCGGACCGGCCACCUUUCCCUGGCCGCCCCUCCGGAAGCAGCCGCCGCCCGAGCAGGGGAAGCCCCGCUGUGGCUACGGCGACGGAAAGCAGCCUUGCCGCCCCUCCCGAAAGCAGCAGCCGGCCCAACUCUGCGGGGAGUCUUCGGACUGCGAAGCUGGGCGAGGAUCCCGCCUUCCCAGGCCGCGCGCAGCCGCUCCCGGCUACCAGAAAAGCCCCAACACGAGGGAUCCCGCAGCAUCUCCCGGUUGGGGCGCUUGA